AUGAUAUCUCCGUCCAGCCCGAUGUUGCGUAAGAGCCGCUCUUUGACACCCGACGCUGCCGUCAAUAUCAGCUCCAGGCUGCGCCGCAACUCGCUGGUGAGCGACCACGAAGACAUGGUGUUACUACGCGAGAAGCUCACCCGCAUCGCCCGACGUCGCAGAAGCAGUAGUGGGGGCGCCAAUGAGCACUUUAAGGUGUUCCCUCUGCUGCCUCCUGAGCGCCCGAACACGCCUCCUUCGUCCCCGCAGCCACGCGACGUGCUUCGUAAGCAACUUAAGCUCAAGCAAAAGACGAGGAGCCAGAGAACAGGCAGUGGGGACGUUGAAGGACUCGUGAUGAGUGUGGAUGACGUGGAAAUCACGGCCAUGGAGGACGUCGAGGAGGACAAUCACGCCGUCCAUUCUCCACCUCGUUUACGAGGGCAUAAGCGGAUUCCUCAAGCCAGAUUGUCCAUACCUGGACAUUUACGCGUCAUGUCGCCCUUCAGUGUCCUCAACAAGUACCCGGAAGGGCUGAGGAAGCGUAAAUCCGUCCAUGUGGACAAUACAGCCGACGGAGGAGACGAACCGAGGGUGAGCUUGAAGAAAACGUCCAGUCAGAUUAACAUCCUGGCCUCUUCUGUUGGCAAAUUGCCGCGCAGUAGUAGUGCCGGUGGAGAUCUCUUCCAGAAGUUCGCAGCUAGACAGAGACUCGAGCGAGACCAAGACAUGGAGGACGCGUCGGGACUCACGACCCAGCCGCAGUCCCCGCAGAACGCACUCUUUGGGAACAAGCAUGGCCAACUCUCGGCGUGUUCUUGAAAGAGCAAUGGAACUCCAUUCAGAAAAAAGGUUUUGUGAGUAUCAAAGCUGCUGCUGUCUGCCUUUCCGGCAGGGAGGGGGAGCCGGACGAUUGUGCCGCUGGCGAAGCAGUGGAUCACGUGGCCCGCAGCGAGCGGCAAAGAUGCAGCCGAAGUUGAC